ACGUGUGGCGGCGGCGGCGGCGGCCCGGGAGGCAGCCGGUGAGCGCCUGCGAGCACAGUGGCGGGGGCCGCUGACAGGUCCCGCGCAGCCCAGCCCCGCCAAGCGGCUCACCGGUGGGGUACAAGAGCAGUUUGGAGCAACCCGGCGCGCACGGAGAGGGGUGGACGGCUCCGCAAGGGCCUUCUGUCUCCCGUUCUGGCAGAGGGACUCGGGCGGACCUCGCUCCUCGGCCAAGAGAACCUGAACCAGGGCGGAGAGGACGCGCCCAGGCGGGCAAGGGGACCAGAGGAAGCCCGAGCUGGAGGGCACUGUCGCUCGCCCCUCUCUGGAGCGCACGGAGCGCAGAGGCGCCGCAGCCGCGCGUGCCCUCCCCGGGACUGAGCCAGGGAUGCAGGAUCGCUGAGCGGACAUCCGCCCCGAGAGGCCGCUCGGGGCCGGGGCUGAGACGCACGCUUUCGCCACUGCUGCCAAGACCCCGAUUCCGGCGACUCUUGGGGGGAACCAGGUGGCCGAGGGCUGCCCCAAGCUCAGGACUUGGGCGAGUCUAAGACGAUGGUUUCUUAAGCACGGACCCGCGUUCCCCUUCCCGCCCCCUCGACUGGAGGCAGGGAUCCUGCGUGAGGCCCCCGGGGGCUCCGUCUCCCCGCGGAGCCCCGGCCGCUGCCUCCCGGGACAGUUCGCACGGCCGCAGAGGCGCACGGCGAUGUGGCCUCCGUCCAGCGCGCAGGCACGCCGGGGGGAUGCUCUGGCACCUGUCGGGGUCCCGGCCUAGCAUGGCCCGCGCGUUGUCCGACGUCGCCUCCGGCUAGGAUGGCCCCUCUGGGCCCUGCCGGCGCCCUCCCCACCUCUGCCGAGCCGCUGUCCCGCAGCAUCUUCCGGAAGUUCUUGCUGAUGCUCUGCUCCCUGCUCACGUCCCUUUACGUCUUCUACUGCCUGGCCGAGCGCUGCCAGACCCUGUCCGGACCCGUCGUGGGGCUGUCCGGCGGCGGCGAGGAGGCGGGGGCCCCUGGUCGCGGCGUCCUGGCCGGAGGCCCGCGGGAGCUGGCGGUGUGGCCGGCGGCGGCACAGAGAAAGCGCCUCCUGCAACUGCAGCAGUGGCGGAGGCGCAGGCCGCCCUCGCCGCGCGACAACGGCGAGGAGGCGGCCUGGGAAGAGGAGUCGCCUGGCCUGGCCGGGGGUCCCGGCGGCUCCGGGGCCGGAAGCAGCGUGGCCGAAGCCCCGCAGGGGACCCUGGCGCUGCUCCUGGACGAAGGCAGCAAGCAGCUGCCGCAGGCCAUCAUCAUCGGCGUGAAGAAGGGCGGCACGCGGGCGCUGCUGGAGUUCCUGCGCGUGCACCCCGACGUGCGCGCCGUGGGCGCCGAGCCUCACUUCUUCGACCGCAGCUACGAGAAGGGCCUCGCCUGGUACCGGGACCUGAUGCCCAGAACCCUGGACGGGCAGAUCACCAUGGAGAAGACGCCCAGUUACUUCGUCACGCGGGAGGCGCCCGCGCGCAUCUCGGCCAUGUCCAAGGACACCAAGCUCAUCGUGGUGGUGCGGGACCCGGUGACCAGGGCCAUCUCGGACUACACACAGACGCUGUCCAAGCGGCCCGACAUCCCCACCUUCGAGAGCUUGACGUUCAAAAACAGGACGACGGGCCUCAUCGACACGUCGUGGAGCGCCAUCCAGAUCGGCAUCUACGCCAAGCACCUGGAGCAUUGGCUGCGCCACUUCCCCAUCCGCCAGAUGCUCUUCGUGAGCGGCGAGCGGCUCAUCAGCGACCCGGCCGGCGAGCUGGGCCGCGUACAGGACUUCCUGGGCCUCAAGCGGAUCAUCACGGACAAGCACUUCUACUUCAACAAGACCAAGGGCUUCCCCUGCCUGAAGAAGGCGGAGGGCAGCAGCCGGCCCCACUGCCUGGGCAAGACCAAGGGCAGGACCCACCCUGAGAUCGACCGCGAGGUGGUGCGCAGGCUGCGCGAGUUCUACCGGCCUUUCAACCUCAAGUUCUACCAGAUGACCGGGCACGACUUUGGCUGGGAUGGAUAACCAUAUAAUUUAAAAAGAAAAAAAAAAUCAAAAUAUAAUAUAUUUUUUUACCACUCGGUAGAGAAGAAGCAGUUUAAUAUUUGUGCUGAAAAUAUGUUUCAGUAUUUUUUUCAAUGAAUGUUAAGAGAUUGUUCUCACUCCAGCCCCAUCUUAAUGGAUAACCAACGCCAAACACGUGGAUCAACAGGAAAGGAAAAGUUCACUCAUCUAAAGUCUUUCAAUGUUCAGUUUUAUUUUAUGUUCUAUGUACCCAGUCAUAAAGUAUAAGCAUCAGUUGUCAUUAAAAGUUUUCAGAAAA